CCUGUCAGUGUGCAUUUAGAAUAAACGACGCAAUCAAUGGAACACAUUGGUAGGUAACUUACUGUGUAUGAUCAUCGGUGAGCAUCGGCCGACGCAUCUACCCUGCGUGUAAUGCGGAAGUCUUCCGCUUCAUGAUGCUCCACAUCGUUUGAUCUUGGCCGGCACGGGCGGACAUCGUACGAAGACGCGGAGUGGCAGGUGUGGCCGAAACAUCGCUGUUGCCGUCAUGCGGUCACGGACACUUACGACGACGGUGAAAUGGGUGAUCAUGAGCGGAGAUGAUAUAAGAGUGCAGCUCCAAGCAUACCUAGGUAGGUGCUUCAUGACCUAGGCUUCCCUUCCCAUCAGCUUUCUUGAUCUAUCACUAUCAUUACACCGGCACUGCAAACAUCGAAAGUAUAAUCAUGGCUUCAACCGAUCGCCUCGUAGAUGUGUACGGUCCAGGCACAUACACAGACAAGGCGUUUGUUCCGGUGCCCGAGGACACUGCUCGUAUCUUUCGCCUCAUCGCAUCACAAACACCCGGGUUCACACAGGACGAAACCAUUCUCUCCAGGGUAAAGUUCACUGGUGAGGAUUAUCCCGUCCUUCCCGGCCCCAUCAAGGCAACGUCAGUAGCCGCAGCCCUGCACGCGAUGUGCGGAGUCAUCGCGGAUGAGAUUCUCACCCUGAGAGGAUCGAAAAGCGAAAAUCGUCAGAUCACUGUCAACACUACACACGCUGCAUUUUGGUUUGGCUGUGUAGCGACUGCAUACCUCAAUGGCGAAGAUGUCCUCAGUAUGGCAGCACAAAAGAAGCUAGGCGAGGUUCUACCCAAUUGGGAGCAGGGCUGGACCGACACACCCUUAAAAUACCGUACGACCGCACUGUACCCUACGAAGAACCCUGAGACGUGGUACUCGCUCCAUGGCAGUAUGAAUGCCAAACCAGUGCUCGAGAGUAUCGGGAUCGAUGCAGACGCGAACAUCUCCACGAAUGAGGAGGCUGCACGGCUGAUUGCUGAGCACACGAAGAAGUACAGUCCAGAGGAGCUUGAGAUGAACAACCUUCUCAACGGCUUCUGCGGCUCCAUCUGCUUCACGCCAGAGCAGUGGAACAAGUCCAUUAUGGGCAAGUCGAUAGCUGCACACCCUUUGGUGAAUGUCAAGCAGCAAACUCACGCCAUGCCUACCCCGCCCAUCGCAUUCCCCCCGCUCAAUCCCCAAGAUCCUCGUCCUCUAGCUGGCGUCAAGGUCAUAGAGCUCACGCGGGUCAUCGCCGGGCCUGAGAUCGGUACCAUCCUCGCCUCUUUCGGCGCUGACGUGAUCCGCCUCAAUGCCCCAUUCCUCCCAGACAUCGACAUCAUGCAGUUGACUCUCAACGCCGGGAAACGCACCUCCACCGUCGACCUGCGCAACGAUUCAGACCGCCAAUACCUCCAGGCGCUACUUGCGGAUACGGACGUGUUCAUCCAGGGCUUCCGCCUAGGCAAGAUGAAGAAGUUCGGCCUGGGGCUGGAAGAGCUUCUGGAGAUGGCGGGCAAGCGCGGCAAGGGUAUUGUAUACGUCUCUGAGAACUGCUACGGCCCGGAUGGAUACUACAAGGAGCGACCGGGGUGGCAGCAGAUCGCCGAUGCAGCAGCAGGAUCUGCCUACGUGACCGGGCGCGCGCUCGAAAUCACGCAGGGCCUGCAGAAACACGAGGCUGUCCUUCCCAGCCUGCCCGUCUCGGACAUGUCCACCGGAGUGCUUGGCGCUGUCGGCGCGAUGCUGGCGCUGAGGAACCGGGCGACUAAGGGCGGGAGCUGGGAUGUCCACGCUAGUUUGGUGGGGGUGAAUGCGUACGCGUUGAGGGAGGAUGUCGGGUUGUAUCCCGUACAGGCGGUGCAGGAAUGCCAGGAUAGGUUCCAGUGGGGCGAAAUGAGGGGCAGCCACCACGUCCUCGAUCUGCUUGUGACGGUCUGGAAGGGCUGGAAGAAGGUCCUUGGGAAGUAUCUGGAUGAGAAGAGCGGGUGGUAUCAGAGUUUCGAGGACAGUGCUUUUGGCGGCAAGAGGCUCAGUAUCCUGAAGCCGGUGCCGCAGAUUGAGGGUGCUGAGGGUGCAAGAUGGCUCACACCCAGUGUACCGUAUGGAGCGGAGAAACUGGAGAAUGUGGCAUGGCUGACAUAGUCAAAGCAACUUACACGUCUGGGGAAGAAGUCGUUCACACUAUUUUCUGAGAAACUUGUAUAAUAGCCAUUCAAUGUCACUAUGAUUUAUCUAUGACUAGCCUUGAGCUCUCAUAUUUCAAUACAGAGACGUGCAGUGAUCUAAGAGCCCCCAAUUUGCCGGUUUAUCUUAUAGUGUCGCGUGGUCUUGAGAGCCUUGGUGCUUUCUCUGCUCACACGAUGUGUGUCUUCUGGCAAUAGUAUCCUUUGACAGAUCGAAUCGAAGCUCCCGACUUUUGCCUCACCACGCCAACCGUGUUGCAGGACUUUAAGCUACUCAUAAUAUUAGCCAGGUAGUGACACCGGAACAAUUCUAAAACUGACGGAAAGAACUCGCACUCGCAGAUUUUGUCAACACGGACAGCGCGUGCGACCCCCAUGAGCUCAUAGCAAGCACCUUCGUACAGCUUCUGAGUCACACCGUCGGAGAGCUCGAUAACACCGCAGACGAAC